UUUCGCUGCUGCUGCUGCUGCUGCAGCCGGUGCUGAAAGCCAGCUCCCCAGUCGCCGCCGCCGCCGCUGCUGCCGCCGGAGGAGUCCGGGCCUCGCUUUGCCAUGGUGUCCUGGAUCAUCUCCCGGCUGGUGGUUUUGGUUUUUGGCACCCUGUACCCUGCCUAUUCUUCUUACAAAGCUGUGAAGACGAAAAAUGUGAAAGAAUAUGUAAGUGCAAGUGGCAUCCAGUUACGCUCAUUUCUGGAUUUUGGAGACUCUAUUCAUGCCCUAGCAACCUCUCAAAUGGACUACUAUAAUAUGCUCUACAUGGGGCUGUCCUUGAAGAGCAUCCAAAAGCUUCAGCUGGAGCAAAAUGGGGAAAUAGAUGAAUAUAUUAGCCAGGCCCGUGACAAGAGUUAUGAAACUAUGAUGCGUGUUGGCAAGCGAGGAUUAAAUCUGGCAGCAAAUGCAGCAGUUACUGCAGCUGCAAAGGGCCAGGGGGUUUUGUCUGAAAAACUUCGGAGUUUCAGCAUGCAAGACUUGACUUUGAUUCGAGAUGAUGACACAAUGCAUUUGCAAAGCCCCGAGUCACACAUGCAUACGUCUUCUAAGGGACAUCUUGAAACUAUUGAUGAUUCAGGUGCAUCUUUUUACUCUUCAUCUGAGGACAUGGCUAUGACUCAGAGACAUAAUGGAACACAGUCUGAUUCUAGAACUGAACCAUCUGAUGAUGAUACAGGAGACAAAGUUCCCAAACGAACCCAGAGCCUUAAAGCUCCUAAGAAAACAAUAAAGACUGAGCCUGCACAGAAGGCAGUGAAAGCCCGCCCCAAGAAGAAAGCUACAGGCUCCACUGCUGUUGGUGAAUCAGCCUAAGGACAAUCCAGCUGAAAAUCUGUCCCAGAGCACUCUUCUGCCACUGUGAGGGACACUGUCCAAGGAAUGGGAGCUGGGAUCAUGUACAUAACAGCUACUGCUUUGUAGAGCUCAUUCCCAGGCGAGAUGGUGAUUGAAAUUUGGCACACAGAUCAGAGGAUGGCCAUCCUCAGGAAUUAUAUACUCUUCAUCUCUGUGAUGGAAAAUGCUAAUCUGUCUGUAUAUAGCCUGUUGUUUUGGGAUUCCCUCUCCACGUGUAACCCUAGUAGAGAAACUCUUUGCUGAAAUACCUCUUUAAUUAGGGUUAGAACCACUUUUGGCAGAGAGGCUGGUAAAAAAAAUGGUGCAAUUGAAAUUCUAAUUUGCAUGGAGAGCUUCUGGUAGCUCUUCACUUGCUGUCAUGUUUUAGCUGCUAUGGGGAAUUAUUGGGAAGUGCCUGAAGCAAGA